AUGCUUCCGGCGGCGGGAGCUGUUUCCGGCCGGAGCGGUUUCGGCGAUGCACCCGCGGAGCCGGCGGAAGCGGCAGCGGAGCGGUGAGGCGCGGGAGGGAGCCUGCCGCCAUGUAUGCCGUGUACAAGCAGGCGCACCCUCCCACGGGGCUGGAGUUCUCAAUGUACUGCAAUUUCUUCUCCAACGCCGAGCGCAACUUGGUGGUGGCAGGGACCUCCCAGCUGUUUGUUUAUAGGCUCAACCAUAACUCAGAGGCUUCCAUCAAAAAUGACAGGAACACAGAGGGCAAAGGUCACAAGGAGAAACUGGAACUGGUGGCUGCCUUUUCUUUCUUUGGCAAUGUCAUGUCCAUGGCCAGCGUGCAGCUUGCGGGAGCCAAGAGAGAUGCCCUCUUGCUGAGCUUCAAGGAUGCCAAGCUCUCAGUCGUGGAGUAUGACCCUGGCACCCAUGACCUGAAAACCCUUUCCCUUCAUUACUUUGAGGAGCCAGAACUGAGGGAUGGCUUUGUGCAGAACGUCCACAUCCCCAAAGUACGGGUGGACCCAGAUGGGCGCUGUGCAGUAAUGCUAAUCUAUGGCACACGACUGGUUGUGUUGCCCUUCCGCAGAGAUACACUGACGGAUGAGCAUGAAGGAGUCGUGGGUGAAGGCCAGAAAUCCAGUUUUCUACCCAGCUACAUCAUCGAUGUGCGAGAGCUGGAUGAAAAGCUGCUCAACAUCAUCGACAUGCAGUUCCUCUAUGGCUACUAUGAGCCCACCCUCCUCAUCCUCUUUGAGCCCAACCAGACCUGGCCUGGGCGGGUUGCUGUGCGCCAGGACACCUGCAGCAUUGUUGCCAUCUCCUUGAACAUCAUGCAGAAGGUCCACCCAGUCAUCUGGUCCCUCAGCAACCUGCCCUUUGACUGCACACAGGCCUUGGCAGUACCCAAGCCCAUUGGUGGUGUUGUGAUCUUUGCAGUGAACUCACUGCUUUACCUGAAUCAGAGUGUGCCACCUUAUGGCGUAUCCCUCAACAGCCUCACCAACGGCACCACAGUCUUCCCACUAAGGAUCCAGGAAGGAGUGAAACUCACCCUGGACUGUGCCCAAGCAACGUUCAUCUCCUAUGACAAAAUGGUGAUAUCCCUGAAAGGAGGGGAGAUCUAUGUGUUGACUCUCAUCACUGAUGGCAUGCGGAGCGUCCGAUCCUUUCACUUUGACAAGGCGGCAGCCAGUGUCCUCACUACUUGCAUGAUCACCAUGGACCCUGGUUAUCUGUUCCUGGGCUCCCGGCUGGGCAAUUCCCUCCUUCUCAAGUACACCGAAAAGCUCCAGGAUGCCCCAGUGAGCGUUGUCCCCAAGGACCCCACAGAGAAAGUGGAAGAGCCUCCUGUCAAGAAAAAACGUGUGGAGCAGCCCGCAAAUUGGCCAGGGGGAAAGUCAGCCCCGCAGGAUGAGGUGGAUGAGAUUGAGGUGUAUGGCAGUGAAGCUCAGUCCGGGACCCAACUUGCCACUUAUUCUUUUGAGGUGUGUGACAGCAUCCUGAACAUUGGUCCCUGUGCCAACGCUGCCAUGGGUGAGCCUGCCUUUCUCUCUGAAGAGUUCCAGAAUAGCCCGGAGCCUGACCUGGAAAUCGUGGUGUGCUCGGGCUAUGGCAAGAAUGGUGCCCUCUCGGUCCUGCAGAAAAGCAUCCGGCCUCAAGUAGUGACCACCUUUGAACUCCCCGGCUGCUAUGACAUGUGGACAGUGAUUGCACCCCAGAAGAAUGAAACCACAACUCAGGAGGAAGAUACUCAGGGAGACAGUGCCGAGAAGGAGUCUACUCCACCAGAGCCUCCAGAUGAUGGAAAGAGGCAUGGGUUUCUCAUCCUAAGCCGUGAAGACUCCACCAUGAUCCUGCAAACAGGCCAGGAGAUCAUGGAGCUGGACACAAGCGGCUUUGCCACCCAGGGGCCCACUGUGUACGCAGGCAACAUUGGGGAGAACCGUUACAUUGUCCAGGUGUCUCCCCUGGGUAUCCGACUGCUGGAAGGAGUGAACCAGCUGCACUUCAUCCCCGUGGACCUUGGCUCUCCCAUUGUGCAGUGUGCAGUGGCUGACCCUUAUGUGGUGAUCAUGAGCUCCGAGGGGCAGGUCACCAUGUUUGUGCUGAAGAGUGACACCUACGUAGGCCGGACACACCGCCUCACCUUGCAGAAGCCCCAGUUGCACCACCAAUCAAAGGUGAUUGCGUUGUGUGUGUACCGGGAUGUCAGUGGGAUGUUCACCACCGAGAGCCAUUCAUCGAGCUCCCGAGAUGAGCUCUCUUUGAGGAGCCAGUCGGAAUCAGAGGCUCCCAUUCAAGAUAUCAGCAACACGGUAGACGAUGAGGAAGAGAUGCUCUAUGGAGACUCUAGCUCUCUAUUCAGCCCCAACAAGGAAGAGCCUCGUCGUUCCAGCCUACCUUCGGCCGACAAGGACCCUCACCAGUACAAGUCAGAGCCCACCCACUGGUGUGUGCUGGUGCGGGAAAAUGGGGCCAUGGAGAUCUACCAGCUGCCCGAGUGGCGCCUGGUCUUCCUGGUGAAGAAUUUCCCCAUGGGGCAGCGAGUGCUUGUGGACAGCUCCUUUGGGCAGCCUGCCAGCCAGGGUGAAGCCAAAAAGGAGGAGGUCAUCCGCCAGACUGAAAUGCCACUGGUCAAAGAGGUGCUCCUAGUAGCCCUGGGCAACCGACAGACCCGUCCCUACUUGCUGGUCCAUGUUGAUCAAGAGCUGCUCAUCUAUGAGGCCUUCAACCACGACUCCCAGCUGGGCCAGACAAACCUCAAAGUGCGCUUUAAGAAGGUUCCUCACAACAUUAACUUCCGAGAGAAGAAGCCUCGUCUGUCGAAGAAGAAGCCCGAGAGUGUAGGAGGAGAGGAACUGGGUGUCCCGCGAGGGCGGGUGGCCCGUUUCCGCUACUUUGAAGACAUCUAUGGUUACUCAGGGGUGUUCAUCUGUGGUCCCUCUCCACACUGGUUGCUGGUAACAUCUCGGGGGGCCCUGCGCCUGCACCCCAUGACCAUUGAUGGCGCAAUUGAGUCCUUUGCUCCCUUCCACAAUGUCAACUGCCCCAAGGGCUUCCUGUACUUCAACCGGCAGGGGGAGCUGCGCAUCAGCGUCUUGCCUGCCUAUCUUUCAUAUGAUGCACCGUGGCCUGUCCGGAAGAUCCCACUGCGCUGCACAGUGCACUAUGUGGCAUACCAUGUUGAGUCCAAGGUCUAUGCCAUAGCUACCAGCAUCAACAACUCUUGCACUCGGAUCCCUCGCAUGACGGGAGAGGAGAAAGAGUUUGAGACAAUUGAGCGAGAUGAUCGUUACAUCCACCCACUGCAGGAGGCCUUUUCUAUCCAGCUCAUCUCUCCUGUUAGCUGGGAGACGAUCCCAAACACCAGGAUUGACUUGGAGGAGUGGGAGCAUGUGACCUGCAUGAAGACAGUGUCUUUGAAGAGUGAGGAGACCGUCUCAGGUCUGAAGGGGUACAUUGCUGUGGGGACUUGCCUCAUGCAGGGCGAAGAGGUGACCUGCCGGGGCCGGAUCUUGAUCAUGGACAUCAUUGAAGUGGUUCCAGAGCCUGGACAGCCCCUCACCAAGAACAAAUUCAAGGUGUUGUAUGAGAAAGAGCAAAAGGGCCCCGUGACUGCCCUCUGCCAUUGCAACGGCUACUUGGUGUCAGCUAUUGGCCAAAAGAUCUUCUUGUGGAGCCUGAAGGACAAUGACCUGACCGGUAUGGCUUUCAUCGACACGCAGCUCUACAUUCACCAGAUGAUCAGUGUCAAGAACUUCAUCCUGGCAGCUGAUGUCAUGAAGAGCAUCUCGCUGCUCCGCUACCAGGAGGAGAGCAAGACAUUGUCGCUUGUCAGCCGGGAUGCCAAGCCUCUGGAAGUUUAUAGUGUGGACUUCAUGGUAGACAAUGCCCAGCUGGGAUUCCUUGUGUCGGACAGGGAUCGGAACCUCUUGGUCUACAUGUAUCUGCCAGAAGCAAAGGAAAGUUUUGGUGGGAUGAGGCUCCUCCGUAGGGCUGAUUUCCAUGUGGGUGCCCACGUCAAUGCCUUCUGGAGGACAUCAUGCCGUGGAGCCAUGGAAGGGCCCACCAAGAAAUCCAGCGCUUGGGAGAACAAGCAUAUCACCUGGUUUGCCACUCUGGACGGUGGGAUCGGGUUGCUACUGCCCAUGCAAGAGAAGACAUACCGGCGUCUGCUGAUGCUCCAGAAUGCUCUGACCACAAUGCUGCCCCAUCAUGCUGGACUCAACCCCCGUGCCUUCAGGAUGUUGCACAUGGACCGGCGCAUCUUGCAAAAUGCCGUGCGGAACAUCCUAGACGGGGAGCUGCUGAACCGUUACCUGUACCUUAGCACUAUGGAGCGCAGCGAGCUGGCAAAGAAGAUUGGCACCACCCCUGACAUUAUCCUGGAAGAUUUGCUGGAGAUUGAUCGUGUCACAGCUCAUUUUUAGGUGGCUCUGUUCCUCCACUUUUGUAUAGUCUGUCUGGACUGACUCUCUGUCUGUUGUUCUCGUUACAUGUAUGGGUUUUUUUUUAAACUGGAAAAUGUUUGUAAAAAAAAUAAAAUUCUAAUUUCACAAUGA